CCAACAGCCGGGUCCCAAUUGGCGUACGUUGACCACUACCAAUACAGCGGCGGCGUGGGGGACUACGAUGACGACGACGAGCACCGGAACGAGGUGACGCCCGUCUUCACCGCCAAGGGGCAGCGGUUCUCCGUGGAAGUGGGCGGAGACAUUACCUUCCCUUGCCAGGUGGAGAACCAAGGUGACUACAUGCUGAUGUUCAAGCAAGCGCUGCCUGACGGGGAACAAGUCAUGCUGUUCGUGGGCAACCUCACGCUCAGACCGUUCAUGCGCCUGACCAAAGUGGGCAACUCCUUCACUCUAAGCGGCGUGCGCAGGAGUCACGCCGGCCGCUACGUGUGCCGUAUAGAGACGUCCCCGGCCAUCGAAGUGACGCACACACUCGACGUACAGUACCCGGCGACGGUGCGCCGCGUGGGGGAGGAGAUGCAGCAGGUGCUGAAGGGGUCCACCGUCACCCUGGAGUGCAUGACGGAGGGCAACCCGCCCGCGGCCAUCACCUGGAGCCACCAGCACGCCCACCUGCCCGCCGCCAAGCAGGCCAACAAGCAGGGGCAGAGCAUCAUCACCCUGGAGAACGUGGACAAACAACUCGAGGGAACUUACACCUGCACAGCGUCCAACGGUGUGGGUGCCCCGUCCUCCGCCUCCACCACCAUCCAAGUGGAGUACCCGCCCGAGGUCUACACUGAACAGGCCAUGGUGCACACGGGGGAGGGUGACCUGGCCCAGCUGGUGUGCGUGGUGGAGGGGCGGCCCACUCCUACCGUCUCCUGGACCAAGGGGGGACUUUCUGUUGACCCUACGCGCCACAUGUCCAAGCACAACGGCCGCCACCACCACGGCCUCACCAUCAGCGGCGUCACCACGGAGGACUUCGGCGAAUACACCUGCUCCGCCGUGAGUCCCCUGGGCAGCGCCAAUGCCACGAUACGGCUGACAGGGUUGCCCAGGACCCCCAAGAUCACCAGCAGCCCUGCAGGAGGCGAGAAGACGACCUACACGCUCACCUGGGAGACGGAGACCUACACGCCCAUCACCAUGUAUCGCCUGCAGUACCGGGAGAGGGUGGACGAGUACAUGAACUCCAUCAAACAGGCCCCGAGGCAGUGGACCAUCGGGCUGCACAACAACAGGACGUUCUGGUCUCAUCACGGGCUGGCGGGGAACAUCCAGCACAUGUCGCACCCCAUCGUCGACCUGCAGCCUGCCACUGACUACGAGGCGGUGGUGUCGGUGGAGAACAAAUUUGGCUGGUCCGGCGACUCUGAGGUGUUCCACUUCUACACGAGGAAAGAAAUGGCGGUGGGGCAUUCGACCAGCGGGGGAGAGAUGGCAACCCACACCCAGCCGCUCCUCCUCCUCUUCCUCCUCCCUCUCCUCCUCCUCUUCGUUUCUUCUCCCCUCCUCACCGUCUCUCACUUCUCCUAAGAUAGUUCCCUCGUUUUGUCCUCCUCCUCCUCCUCCUCCUCCUCCUCCUCGCCUCAUCUUGUGCUGCUAAUGAUCGUGAAAACCUGCUGCGCCAUCUGGAUGUCCGUGGAGCCCCCGUGCCUGGCGUGCGUGCGUGCGUGUGUGUGUGUGUGUGUGUGUGUGUGUGUGUGUCAUUAGCAGGCUGAGCGAACACUUUUAAGGCCCUGUGAUUUUUUUUUGUGUGUGUUUUUUGUGGUGAUUUUCAAAACACAACUCUUCUCCCUCUUUCACGUUCAGAGGGAGAGAUCAUUCCCCGCCGACAGAGGCAGAAAGUAACUUGUACAUAACUGACACAAGCACAGCAAAGGUGAAAAAGAGUUAAUGUAAGUGUUCCUUAUCGUUAUUUUCUUGUACGGUACUGAUAACAACAACAAAAAAACAGGAAAAAAACAUGUAUUAUAAUAUUAUAUGCUACACAACUUAGAUUAAGAUUUAUGUACGUAUGUAUGUAUGUAUUUUUCUCUCUGUCUCUCUCACUAUCUACCUAUCUUUCUAUCUAUCUAUCUACCUUUUUUAUAUACGUGCGUACAUAUAAAUAAAUGUAAGAUUAGUUUGUUGUAUCCGUGUUUUUAUUGAUUGUAUAUAUUUUUGUAAAAGUCAAUUGAAGUACUACAUAAUUAUAACAUUUUCUAGCACCAGACUCUCCUGAUAUUACUAAACAUAAGACGGUGAACAGCAAUUAAUUAACAAUGACCAAAUUCAACAAAACAAAUAUGUAUAAAUAGUCUGCCGCGUGUACAUGCAUUUUGUGUAUUGAAUUUUGCCUGGAUAUAUUUUUUUUCUUCUGCGGGAGAGACGCCAGACUUCUAAACUAAGAAUCGCCACUUUCGAAACCUUCACUGCGAUGUAUAUACGUACAUUAUAACAAACUCUAUUUCUAUAUCUACUUCGUCAUUUGACCCACGCUAGCAUUCCAAACUCAGUCUCCUUAUUCUGUCCUCUUUACCCCGUCUAUAAUCCUCUAGUUCUGUCGUCUAGCAUUUUCAUUUCUGUACGUAUUUUGUCACUUAACAAACCCUAUAAUUCAAACCUCAGAUUCUUCACAUUCUGACCUCUUUACCUCGUCUAUAAUCCUCUAGUUCUGUCGUCUAGCAUUUUUAUUUCUGUACGUAUUUAGUCACUUAACAAACCCUAUAAUUCAAACCUCAGAUUCUUCACAUUUUGACCUCCUUACCUCGUCUAUAAUCCUCUAGUUCUGUCGUCUAGCAUUUUGAUUUCUGUACGUAUUUAGUCACUUAGCAAACCCUAUAAUUCAAACCUCUGAUUCUUUACAUUAUGUCCUCUUUACCUCGUCUAUAAUCCUCUAGUUCUGUCGUCUAGCAUUUUUAUUUCUGUACGUAUUUAGUCACUUAGCAAACCCUAUAAUUCAAACCUCUGAUUCUUUACAUUAUAUCCUCUUUACCCCAUCUAUAUUCCUUUAGGUCUCUUGUCUAGCAUUUUCAGCCCUUCAUUGUUUAAUCCUGAUCCUCCUCCUCCCUUGAAUUUCAUCCCCAGUUCUUUUCUAAACACUUAAAACCUGGGGAAAGUAAACUGUGGUAGCCUGGAUAUCACACUGGCCCUGAUUUUCGCCCAUCACAGACUCAAGGGGCAAUGUUACGGAGAUGAGCACCGAGGCCACGCGCAGCUAUAGCGUAUACCCCCAACUUACCCUUUACGUAGAGACAAGCUUCAUCAACUACGAUCUUCUCUCAGUAUUCCCGAUCAUUGUUUUCCGGCUCUCCCUCAGUCUCCGUGUUCCGCAUUUUCACGUUACUGUCUCUCCAGCUCCCUCAGUCCCUUUUAGAAGUCUUCACCUGCAGCCUCGUCUCUCCAUUAGCCUCACACGCCACUAAUGCACCUCAAUGGAUCUCCCGCUUCUUUACGCCGGACACACACUCUUGUACCAGCACCCAACCAGCCAGCCAGCCAGCCAGUCAGUUAGCAGCAGGUGGAUGCGUGGUGUUUACAGUCAUGCAGAGAGGCUUGGCUGGCUAAGUGGCUGUGUGAUGUUUGUUUAGCAGUCUGUUUUGUGUUAGUUAUGUUACUCGUGAUUUCAAAGGAUGCAGAUAAAUAUAUGAAAAUGAUGAUAAUGUGUAUAAUCUUAGUGAUACUUUUGUUUGAUCCUACUGUGCUCUUUCAUUUGAUGGUUGAUGCUGUUAUUAUUAUUAUUAUUGUUGUUGUUUUUGUUGUCGUUGUUAUUAUUAUUAUUACUAUUAUUAUUAUUAUUAUUAUUAUUAUUAUUAUUAUUAUUAUUAUUAUUAUU